AUGACCUUUGCUACUACUGCUACUGUCGACCUCCUUGGUGCUGCGGAAUUUGGCGCUGCGUCUACUCCUAGUAGGAGGCGCAACAACAGCAAGGGCAAAGGGGGCAAGGGUGGUGGGGGUGGCACCAGCGGUGGAGGUGGCGGGGGUGGUGGUGGCGGGGGUGGAGGUGGUGGGGGUGGCUCUGGGGGUGGAGGUAGUGGAGACGGACGGGGUGGUCGAGGUGGCGGGGUUGGUGGAGGCGGCUGGGGUGGUGGAGGCAGUGGGGGUGGUAGAGGAGGUCGGGGUGGAGCUGGCAAGGGUGGAGGCCGUGGCGCUUCCCCACGUGGCGGUAAAGGCUUUGGGAGUGGACAGCAGCUGCCGCGCCUUCUGGACAACCCCACCCCUCAGCAGGUUUGUGAGUGGGUUUUCCAGCAUGGUUCCUCUGGGGGCUCUGGUCGCUGCCUGUACGUCAGGCGCACAGGGAAGCUGAAGGGUCAGACCUACGGGAAGACGCACAUUGAGUAUUGCUGCUUCGGCCGUCUUGAGGAUGCCUGGGUGGAUGAGUACGGUGAUGAGCUGCUAGCCCCCAACUGUCUGAAACUGCAGGGGUUGGGAGUAGAUGUUUAUGCUCUUGACUUUGUUCAGAUCAACAAGGCUAUCUAUGCCAUGUAUGUGACUGAGCUUAGUGAUGAGGGUGCGUAUUACUCGUGUAAUCCUGGUGAUGCUGGUGUCACUGCUGUAGCUCUAGGUGCUAGUGCAUAUGCUGUCACAGGUGCUAGUGCGUUUGCUGUCACAAGUGCUAGUGAGUUUGCUGCUAGUGAGUCUGCUGCCUCCGCUGAGGUAUCCACCUCCCCACGUUCUCGACGAACUUGGUCCCUGCCCUCCCUCCCGCGCUCGCCUGCCCCGCCGUGCCUUCCUUGCGUCAAGGGGCAGCAGCACGCCGCUACUCACUCCUCCGAGUUUCCUCUGACCACUGCUCCUUUGCAGACUCUCCACAUGCACGUGUGGGGCCCAACCCUCGUCGGUGGGACGGACCAGGAGUGCUACUUCUUGCUGGUUGUUGACGACUACACACACUACACCACUGUCUUCCCCUUGUGGCGCAAGGCGGUCGCCAGCGGUGUUUGA